AGUCCAAUUAAGUCCAAUUUGUUUAAACACUUUAAAGAUUUCUUAUUAGAAUUCUGCUAUACUAUGAGGUGUUAGGAAAUAACUCUUCUGCUUUGUAAUUUUGUUUGUUUGUAAUAUUAAACUAGAAAUGCAACCCUGUAAAUUCACCAAAGAACACAGUUUAGUACACCACUGGCCAUGAAUAAUUGCUUUGUAAAUUUUUAAUAGAAGUGAUAUUAAAAGCCUUGAACAAAACAAUUCCAUCACUUAUAUUAAACGACAUUGUCCAAAAAAGCACGUCUAAUACGCAAAUGAUGAUAAUAGUUAACACUUUGAAAUAAACACGGAUACAAACAAAUUCAUACAUAAACUGUAUUACACCUCAAGCUAAGUGAAAAGUUACAAGGACGUGCCAUGUCCUCAUUAUCAGCUUCUGCAGAAAAUGUGUCUAGCUCGGGCGGUGGCGGCAAUGUAGAGCAAGGUGCUGGUACUUCAGAUGGGAGCUCAAGCAUGUGUUUAGAGCUGGCUUUAGAAGGUGAAAGAUUGUGCAAAGCGGGUGAUUGCCGCGCAGGUGUGGCGUUCUUUCAAGCAGCCAUUCAGGCUGGCACCAACGACCUGCGCACUUUGUCCGCCAUCUAUUCUCAGCUGGGGAACGCUUACUUUUAUUUAGGUGAUUAUACCAAAGCCAUGCAAUACCACAAACUUGAUCUCACACUUGCACGCACUAUGAAUGACAAAUUGGGCGAGGCCAAGUCGUCGGGAAAUUUGGGCAACACUUUAAAAGUCAUGGGACGUUUUAAUGAAGCUGCCAUUUGCUGCGAUCGCCAUCUUACAUUGGCACGCCAGCUGGGAGACAAGCUAUCAGAAGGUCGCGCUCUUUAUAAUUUGGGAAACGUCUAUCAUGCUAAAGGCAAACAUAUGGGACAAGGAAAUCCUGGUGACUAUGGCGAUGAUGUACGUGAAGCUCUAAGUAAAGCAGUUGAGUUUUAUCAAGAGAAUCUAAAGCUGAUGAGGGAAUUAGGUGAUCGCGGUGCACAAGGCAGAGCUUGUGGAAAUUUAGGCAAUACUUAUUACUUGCUGGGUAAUUUUCAAAAAGCUAUCGAGCAUCAUCAAGAGAGACUAUGUAUUGCUCGCGAGUUUGGUGACCGCUCUGCUGAACGUCGUGCAAACAGUAACUUAGGUAACUCGCAUAUCUUUCUGGGCCAAUUUGAAGAAGCGGCAGAACAUUACAAACGUACUUUGACAUUAGCCAUGGAACUUGGAGAACGUGAAGUAGAGGCGCAAGCUUGUUACAGUCUCGGAAAUACAUAUACUUUGCUUCGUGAAUUUUCAACAGCUAUAGACUAUCAUUAUCGCCAUCUCGCUAUAGCUCAAGAAUUGGGUGAUCGUGUUGGAGAAGCACGCGCUUGCUGGUCUCUUGGCAAUGCACACUCGGCUAUAGGAAAUCACGAGAAAGCACUCCUGUAUGCCGAAGCUCAUCUGAAUCUGGCCAUAGAAUUACAGGAUCCGGUUGGCGAAAGUACAGCUAGGGUAAAUAUUUCUGAUCUACGCAAGCUGCUCGGACUACCAGCUUCGCCGAUUGACUGCGAAGAACGUUCCAUUGCAUCGGAUAUUUCAGCUGGUAUCGUUCAACGAUCUGAUAGUUCAGGAAGCAGUCAAAGUCGUAUGGUACGAGUAAGACGCCAAAGUAUGGAACAAUUAGAUUUAAUAAAAAUUACUCCUGAUGGAAAACGUGCAGACCAAAUAAAUGCUCAAGACGAAAAACACAAUCAAAAGGGAGUUGCUUCGAAAGCCAAAGUGCAGGAUGAAGAUUUCUUUGAACUUUUAUCCCGUUCUCAGUCUAAACGUAUGGAUGACCAACGUUGCUCAAUUAAAAUUGCUAAAAAUCCACCAAAUACGACAUUACCAUUAGGAGAGGUAUCAUCAUCUGUCAUAUCAAGCUCGGGUGUUACACGUAAGCCAUUGGUGCAGCAAAACUCCUUGGCCAGCGGCAGUAGCACCGAUGGAGGCGCUACUUCUAGUAUUAAAACGUCUAAUAAUUCAAAAACCGCUUCUGGACCUAUCUCAGGCAGUAAUCUUGGGCAUGGCCAGCUGGCACGUAGUGCUACAACUACUCAACAACCAGAUGAUGCCUUUUUGGAAAUGUUAAUGCGCUGUCAGGGUUCACGCUUGGAGGAACAGCGCUCUGAACUGCCACGAGCCAACAUCACAAUGGACGCUGAGGCACCGCCACAAGCUAACGCCUCAGUUGGUGAUCGCAAUGGGGGCGCAAAUGGCAGCACUGGUGGUAGGACCGUACCCGAUGAGGACUUUUUCUCAUUGAUCAUGAAGGUACAAAGUGGACGCAUGGAGGAUCAGAGAGCCGCAAUACCUGGCUUUGGAGGCUAUCCACAACGUAACACAGGCAAUGGAGCGGCAGCGGGUGCUACAGGCGCAAAUUCUGCUAGCAAUGCUAGUAAUCCGAAUGCAAAGUAAUUUUGCUGUAUGUAUGCAUUUGAACGUAUUUGAAAAUUACAACUAAAAAUAUUUUUCCGAUUUAACUUAAUUUAUUAUUCAUCAAUGUAAUUUGGCAUGGAUAUUUGAAAGACUAAGCCCACGCCAUGACAAAUGAGUAUAAUUGUAAAUUUUCAAUGUUUUAAUACUUGCAACUUGCAAGUUCACAUUUUUCAUUAGCCGAAAUUAGAGCAGCAUUAAUUGAGCUACGUAUUCAGUUGUGUACUUGGUGUCUCAUAUAUCACCUAAGAACUAUAAAUUCGCUCUAAUCUUUUGUAUACAGAUUCUAUUAUAUUCUCAUGGAUUGUAAACUGUUUGUGAAAUAGGUUGACAGGUUUUCUUCGCUUUAGGUGCCACUUCAUUUUACAAGAGUAUCUGCAGCCUAAAAUUAAUUAAACUAAUUUUCUUGUUGCGCCUCAAUUUUUUUUAUAUAAAAGUAACGUAUUGUAAUUUUGAUAUAUUGUCAUUUAUCCUAAUUUGCUUUUACACAGCCGGGUAUGGUUGGCUGGUAAUAAUUCUCAUGUACUUCCUAUGGCUCCGAUUAAGUUGAUGUCAAUGGGAAGGAUGAAGCACCCAAGAGUAGUCACAGCUCUGAAUUAGAAAAGAAAUGCAAAAUGGUUGAAUUAAUUGAAAAAAUGGUAUGAAUCAAUUUAUAAUUUUUAUAAAGGCUUUCCCUAUCAACCAUGCAAACCGUUUUAAAAUGCAUACAAUCACAAUAGGCGCCUUGUGAAGAUGCAUUUAGAUAACCCGCCAUCUCAAUCUUUUGGCAUAAUUUUACCUCGUUUGCCGGUUUAUUGGUGUCAUUUUAGAAACAAAAAAAUUCUUCAUAAUUUUUUGGGUAUUGCUGCUGAAGUGACUGGCUGUUGGGUGCUGGGCAGACUUUUCACUUAUUUCGUUUGCCGACAUCCCUUCAUCUCUUGAUUUCGGAAGCCAUUCACCAAAACAAUUCGGAGGGAGGUUAUUUAAAGAUAUAUUUUCCACAGUAUGUGCCACAGUCAUUCCCGAAUAUUCAUACGCACGAAUCCUUUUCUCAUGCAUAUAAUAAAUAUUAAGAAUUUAACUUGCACAAGUUUGCAAAAAUUAAAUCAGAUUUAAUAAAUAUUAUUUCACAAUACAUCGGCACAGUUAUAGCCGCCAAAAACAUUUAUACAUACAAAUUCUAUACAUAUAUCAGUGGAUAUAAAUAUAUGAUAUUACAUACACAUAAGCAUGUAGAAAUUCAUUAAGUAUUAUGAAAAAAGAUUGAAAUAUGUAUGUCCAAAACAUACGUACAUAUAUCAUAUAAUUCUGACUCAGUAUAAAGUAAAAAAACCAAAACAUUCUGCAGCAAAGAUAAGAUUUACAAAGCUGUGUCACAUGUUUGCAAAUUGACUACCAUUUUAUGAAGCAUUUUAAACAAAACAUUGUCAGUACUAUUAAGAAUUUUUACAAAAACAAACAAAAAAAAACAGAAACAAAACAUAUGUGUUUAGCAAACUCUCAAAAAGAUUGACGAGAUUUGUAUACUAAAAAGCCAAAUUAAUGUAAUAUAAAUUUACUAAACCUAAAUAAAUAUUAUUUUAUCUAAUAAAAACUGUCUAUAUAUACUCCGAAUUUUAAGAGCAGAAACAAGAUUUUAUUAGCUUUACUCUACUUAAUUUUCCGCUAUUUAGCCUUGAUUCGAAAGCCGAAAAACUUUAACAACUGCACUGUCCAAUUAUAAUGCAUUUUGUGAAUACGUCACGUCCACUGUUGUUUUCUUCUGAUAUACUAUUUAUGUCAUAUUAUAUAUUGUAAUUUUCAUAAAUUAUUUUAUAUAGAUUCCUGAUUGAAUUAUUAAAGGUAUACUCACUUGAGA